AUGCUAGCAGCAUUUAAAAGAUCUUUCUCCUCUAAAGGUCCUUCGAGGAUUUCCAGCACCCUUAGAGUUUCGCAGCAGGAAAAAGAGCCUGAAUUGCCCGUUGCAAAAUCAUCGGCCUAUGCCAAAACCCAAGACAUCGCUAAUGACCGCCGAGCAUAUGUUCGUCUCCCUGGGGUGUUCUUCUCUGCUCCAAUGCCAGAUAACUACAGGCUAGGAUAUUUCCCAAUCUAUACUGCUCCAGGUUUGUCCUACGUAUCACUUGUUAAGCGUGUUACUCUAGGGUUAUCAGUUGUCGGGACCUAUGCUGCUUACAUGAUUGAUUCUGGGCUGUAUUUGAGUUUUGAGGCCGCGGCAAUUAUUGGAGCACUCUCAGUGCUCCCUUUACCUAUUGUGCAAUACUUUACCAAAGAUUAUGUGACGCGAAUUUACAGAUUAUAUAAUACCGACCAGACUCCUCAAACUUAUGAGAAUUUGACCAAGGAUGAAACGUUGGUUGUUGAAAAGAUGAUGAUGGGAGGGAAAAGAUGUUACAAUGAGCUUGUAAAGAUGGACAAUUUAAAAUUAAAGAAAACAUGGUACGGUACGACAGUAUGGCAGCAUAUUGAUGAUCAAGGAGUUGAAAGAACUUAUACUGUAGCCGAUGAUAUUGGUGGUAUUAAAAUGGAUAGAUUAUGGGGUAUUGCAGAAAAGAAUACUGGAAUAGAUAACGGGAGAUUGUUAAUGGAGAAAUAG